AUGCCUGCAAAGAUGUUAAUUCUGGAUAGACAACAUGAUAAGGAAGAGAGGAAACCAGAAAAGUUGGAAGAUAGAGAAGAAAUUAUAAAGAAAAUGAAGGGAAUGGAGAAAAGGAUAAAAAAGUAUAUAAAAAGCGAUAUGGAGAAGGUGGAAAACAAAUUGGAGGAGUUAGGGAAAGAAAUAAACAAAAUAAAUGAAGAAAUAAAUGAAGAAAUAAAUGAAGAAAUAAAUGAAGAAAUAAAUGAAGAAAUAAAUGAAGAAAUAAAUGAAGAAAUAAAUGAAGAAAUAAAUGAAGAAAGAAAUGAAGAAAUAAAUGAAGAAAUAAAUGAAGAAAUAAAUGAAGAAGUAAAUGAAGAAGUACAUGAAGAAGUAAAUGAAGAAAUACAUAGACAAGCAAAAGAUAUAAAACAAAAUGAAGGAAGGAAAAAGAAAUAUAAAUGUCGAAAAAAAAUGUAG